GUGGUUGCAGUGGUGGUUUUACUCCUGGGUACAGGCGCUGGCCUCCUUGCAUAUUUCUUAACAAAAGAUUCUCCCGAUCAAUCAUCUGGUGGACCCUACAAAAGAGUGGCCGUUGUUACAGAUACACCGCAGUGCUCCGUGAUCGGGAAAAAUAUCCUAGACGCGAACGGGUCCGCAGUGGAUGCUGCCAUCACUGCCAUGUUCUGUUUGGGUGUGGUCAGCAUGCACUCAUCAGGGAUAGGAGGUGGGGGAGUGAUGUUGGUGUAUAAUCAAACAUCAAAGCAGGUCAAAGUCAUCGACUUCAGAGAAACUGCCCCAGCUACAGCCCACAAGAACAUGUUUAAGGGCAACGAAAGUAAAGCCAGGAAAGGUCCGUCGUUUCUGUCCGUAGUUUAUAACGCAUUUUUGAAUUCGUUGUUAACUUGUAAUUGUUUUUCUUGGUUCCAAGAUUAUGUCGAUUGCUCACUUGAUUUUACUAAGUUCAUCGAUAGUAUUAUUUUUUUAAUGUAUGCAAUAUCAAUAUUGUGGUUCAAUUUUAUCCUUGGUUCAAAUUUAACUUUCUUUCGUUUUUGGGUAUUGUAAUGUGUAUGAUAAUGAGUUUGAAACAAAGGGAAUUAAAAUUUGAACCUAGGAUAAAAUUGAACCACAACAUAAAUAAAUGGUGAUAAAUCAGUUUUCGUGUCCUAAUGUUCAAUCCACCAGUACAAAUAAAUUUUGCUACCUUUACAGUUCACUCGUCUCACAAACACAAAUUUUCGAUGCUUGGUAUCCACCUCUCAUAUCUGUCUCGUAAACUGGCCAAUCAAGUUUUAUUGAAAAAGACUGUGAAGAAUCUUGGCAAGAUUUUCUUUUAAUAUUCAUCGGAAAAUAUUAAUAAAAAUGUCCCCAUAGAGAUUGGCUUAAGCCACAUGAUUACAAGGGAGGUUAACCGUAGAUAUGCUAAAAGUAUUCUUAAACUUAAAACCUUUCCAAAACAGACCUCAGUUUAAGUAUAAUUACGAUUAAUCGAUUUAUGUCUAAAAUUAAAAAAAAAAUAGAUAAAAUCACCCACGAAAUUGUUUUGUCAUUUAAGGUGGUCUGGCUAUCGCUGUUCCCGGUGAAGUGCGCGGUAUGCACAAGGCUUGGAAACGACAUGGACGGUUACCAUGGAAACAACUUGUUCAACCCGCCAUUAAUUUGGCCAGAAAGGGAUUUAAAGUAACUCAAGCUGUGGAAGAUGCACUGAAAACGACAAAAGGAAUCAAAGAUGAUAUUGAAAACGACCCGGGAUUGAGGUGAGACUAAUUCAGAACUUGACUCCAAUGCAAAUCACACGCUCGAUCGUUUAUAUUUUUAUAUUCAGAUAACGAAAAAACCUGUUAGGCGCAUUGCAACCGCGCUUACAGGUGUCAUUACUUAUCGCCCGAAGAGGGGAGGGGUGGGGAAAGGAUAUUUUGGGGGGAUCACAUGGAUUUCAGGGUGGGCAGAGGGGAUCAGCCAUCACAAACAGAGAACUGCAUAAAGGAAGGACUACAAUCAACUACCAAUGAGGGGAAGGGAAGCUUCGGAGCAAGGAUUUAAAACGCCUGGGGUUCGAUUUUCGAGGGGAACUCAGUUUUAUUUUUUUCUCCAACGGCCCUGACAAUACUAAUAACAUUUCACUUCAAUAUUUCAGUGAGCUGCUCCUUACUAAAAACAAAAAGCUGGUUAAAAAAGGCGAUGUUAUUAAGAACGUACAGUACGCAGAGACUUUGGAAACAGUGCGUGACAAUCCUGACUCCUUUUACAAUGGAACACUCGCUAGUGAAAUAUUGCGUGACAUUAAGAGAGUCAAUGGGAGCGUGACUGAAGAGGAUUUAAGGAGUUAUAGGUGGAUUUUAAGAGACCCAUACCAGAGUAACAUCCGGGACAUGAAAAUGUACCUGACCCCACCACCCACGAGUGGCGCUGUGCUGGCACUGAUCUUAAACAUUUUAAGAGGUAGGAGUUGUUGACAAAACGAUUGUUCAACUUUCUUUUAAAGAAGACUCUCCAAAAGUAAACGGAAAGUUCCCCUUCAAAGUAUGUUGUUAAAUCUUCAAUUUACUGCCUAUAUUUAUCGCCUUUUGGAUGAAUUGAAUUACACGCCAUCACCUGGCAAGUGCCCCAAGGCUGUCAGAAACGAGCAAGUGCGACCUUAGCUUUGCUGGAGCUAAAUGAGGAUAAAAUAAAUACAAUUACAUUAAAAGCAGGUUUGGUUGACCUAUUAUCUUACAACAACUUGUUUUAAUGUCAAGCUAAACAGGGUAAUAUUUAACUCGAAAAAUUAUUAGAACCAGCCUAUUUUUAUGGAAUGUUUCCACCGUAGGGUAUAACAUGACAUCGUCAGCUCGCGAUGACGUGAACGCCACCGUGCUGACGUAUCAUCGAAUCAUUGAAUCCUUCAAGUUCAGUUAUGCGUGGCGCAGUCGGCUUGGAGAUCCCAAGUUUGACCAGACGAUAUCAAAGGUAGAUGGCAUUUAACAGGUGGUUCAAAUGUGAACUCUUUCAUAAUUUCUUUCGAAGUGGCUGUUUGGUUAGCGUUUAACAAACAAGAACAAAAGUAUCAAGCCCGUAACAGAUGGCUACCAAAAUUAAUGGUGCUUAACACUAUGCUGGAGAGCAAUGAUCCGCCUUAUACAUCCAAUACAAUGCAAUUUUUAAACUUAAAGCCCUUAUAUUUGAAUAUCUCAAUGCACAAUUUACUCUCAGACAAGAUGUUAGUCUCGCUUUAUGAUCGCUAGUUGCAAAGGGCAUAUAAGGAUGACUAUGUAGGCUAUGCAAUCAAAACGAAAUUGAAUCACAAGAGGCCAAAUGUGAACGUAUGCUAAAUACGAAUAGACGGCCUGCCUAAAACUCCGUUGAUCAAAUCGAAUUCCAUUCAUUCCGAAGACCAAAGGCCUUCAGCUCUCGCAUACGAUUGACCAGCAGGUGGCACAAGAGUUUUGAUACGAUUUUCGAACAAAUCCAAGAUUGGAGAAAGCAAACGGAAGCAGUUAAAAGGGGGAUAAAGUAAUUGAAGGCAAAUUUGAUUUUUAGCAUUAUAUAUAUAUAUAUAUAUAUAUAUACUUUGUUUAUCAUUAGCAAGCACAAGUUUUCUCGACGCGAUUUUCGAACCACCUUUGGACUGAUUUAUAGCAAACGGAACAUUGACCCUACAUCAAACCUUUUAACCGUUUGACCUCUAAGAGUGACCCUUGAAUCAAACAAUAAGGUCAUGAGAAUAAAGGAAAUGAUCACCGAUCAAAGAAGAUUUUUAUUCUUAAACAAAUUCUUCCUGUCAGCACUUUAAGAAUUGUAUAGAGAACAGUAUGGAGAAUAUGCAUACUGAUGUUAGGGUGUAGAGGGUUCAAGGAUCAGGUAAUACGUUGCAGUUUUACUUUUAUCUUCAAAGACAGCAAAAAAAAUGUUAGAACCAGAACUUGGUGAUGUCCUUCGUCACAAAAUAUGGGAUAACAAGACUUACACGAAUGUAUCGUAUUACGCGGAUUCCUUUUCGAACGCUGAUUACGGUACGACACACGUGGCUGUACUGGACCAAAAUGGAGACGCAGUUUCUGUGACAUCCACUAUAAACAUGAGGUGAGUUGACCUAAAAAGUUCAGUUGGAAUUACGGGUUGUACCCGUCGAACUUGAAUUCACCGUAACGGAGGGCCUGGGAAAGGUAGCUUCUCACCGUUCCUUCUUCGACCACAAGAACCACAGGAAGCAGCCGUACAGUUGUUAAUAUGGAGUUUUUCGUUAUCAUGGUUUGGCGGCAGGGAAAAUUAAGUAGAGCCUGUCACGGUUUUCGUAAGAAGAUGACCACUUGCACGGUAGCUCAUAGGAAACAAAGCAAAACCUAUCAUGUCAUUGCUCAGCUUCACUGAUAUGUAAUUCUCUAACAGCAAUGACGUUGCUUAGUUUUGUUUUUUUUUGUUUUUUCAAACAGGUUUGGCGCUAAAUAUCGAUCCACUACCACAGGCAUCAUUUACAACAAUGAGAUGGCAGAUUUUGAUAUUCCUGAUUACGAAGUAGUGGGUGAUAUUUCUCCAUCCCCAUUCAAUUUUCCUGAGCCAGGCAAGCGACCGUUCUCCUCCAUGUGUCCCACCAUUUUAACCGAUAACGACGGAAAAGUUCGGUUUGUUAUCGGUGCCUCUGGCGGGAAAAGGAUAACCACAGCUGUAUCACUGGUACGUCCAAUCCUAUGUUUGUACGUUCUUUGA